CUGUGUAGACCCCUGCUCUAUGAUAAAACUUUCCUAACCAUGUUAUCAGCAGCCCGACGGGUUAACAGAUGUAUCCCAAGAAGGAGCCUGGGACUUUCCGCUACUCUCCAAGAUAGCAAACAAUCAAAUGUUGCUGAGUACAAGGUUGUUGACCACUCCUACGAUGCUGUUGUUGUCGGAGCAGGAGGAGCCGGACUUCGUGCUGCCAUGGGACUUUCCGAAGGUGGAAUGAAAACUGCCGUUAUUACCAAGCUUUUCCCUACUCGUUCACAUACCGUUGCUGCUCAAGGAGGUAUUAAUGCCGCUCUUGGUAACAUGAAUCCUGACAAUUGGAGAUGGCAUUUUUACGACACUGUUAAAGGAUCGGAUUGGCUUGGAGAUCAAGACGCUAUCCAUUACAUGACCAGAGAAGCUGAACGAGCUGUCAUCGAGCUUGAAAACUAUGGUAUGCCAUUCUCUAGAACACCUGAAGGUAAAAUUUAUCAACGUGCCUUCGGAGGUCAAUCCAAUGAUUUUGGACGAGGUGGCCAGGCUCAUAGAACCUGUUGUGUUGCUGAUCGUACAGGUCAUUCCCUCCUCCACACUCUGUAUGGAGCUUCUCUUCAAUAUAAUUGCAACUAUUUUGUUGAGUACUUUGCUCUUGAUUUGAUCAUGGAGAAGGGUGAAUGUGUUGGAGUAGUUGCUUUGAACUUGGAAGAUGGUAGCAUCCACAGAUUCCGUUCAAAGAACACCGUUCUUGCUACUGGAGGAUAUGGUCGCGCCUACUUCUCUUGCACAUCUGCACACACCUGUACUGGAGAUGGAACUGCUCUAACCGCUCGUGCUGGCAUCAACAACUCUGAUAUGGAGUUUGUUCAAUUCCAUCCUACUGGUAUUUAUGGCUCAGGAUGUCUUAUCACUGAAGGAUCAAGAGGAGAAGGAGGAUAUCUUGUUAACUCACAAGGAGAGCGUUUCAUGGAGAGAUAUGCUCCUACAGCCAAGGAUCUUGCCUCACGUGAUGUUGUUUCUCGUUCCAUGACUCUUGAAAUUAUGGAAGGACGUGGUGUUGGAAAUGAAAAAGAUCACAUCUAUUUGCAACUUCACCAUCUUCCUGCCGAACAACUUCAAGCUAGACUUCCAGGUAUUUCGGAAACUGCUAUGAUCUUCGCCGGUGUCGAUGUCACCAAAGAACCCAUUCCUGUUAUUCCAACUGUUCAUUACAAUAUGGGAGGAGUACCUACCAACUAUAAGGGACAGGUUUUGAAAUACACCGAGGAAAAGGGUGACCAAGUCGUUCCUGGUCUCUAUGCUGCCGGAGAAUGCGCUGCUCACUCUGUUCAUGGUGCUAACCGUCUUGGAGCAAAUUCACUCCUCGAUCUUGUUAUUUUCGGUCGUUCAUGCGCUAUCUCUAUCUUGAAUGAGAAUAAGCCCGGAGAUGCCGUUCCAGAAUUACCAAGCAACGCUGGAGAAUCUUCCAUUGCCAACUUAGAUGACGUCCGAACAAACAAGGGAGAUAUCCUCACUGCUGAACUCCGUCUUGACAUGCAAAAAACUAUGCAAAAGCAUGCUGCAGUUUUCAGAAGAGGAGAUAUUCUCAAGGCUGGUGUUGAGAAGAUUUCUGAUAUUUACAAGCAACAGAAGAAUCUCCGUGUCGUUGAUAAGGGACUUGUGUGGAACAGUGAUUUGAUUGAAACUUUGGAGCUUCAAAAUCUUUUGAUCAACGCUUCUCAGACCAUGGUCGCUGCUGAAAACAGAAAAGAAUCUCGUGGAGCUCAUGCUCGUGAUGACUUCCCAGACCGUAUUGAUGAGUUCGAUUACAGCAAACCAAUUGAGGGACAAACUAAGAAAGAGGAUCACUGGCGUAAGCAUUCUAUUAUCAACUCCAAUGUUGAGACUGGAGCUGUUACUCUUAAAUAUCGCCCAGUAAUUGACACUACUUUGGAUAAGAACGAAACCGACUGGGUUCCACCUAAGAUCCGCUCUUAUUAG